GUGUCUGACUCCUCAAGUUUGAAUGUUUGUGAAUCUGUAGCUGUUAUGAUCGUAGUUUUAUGGUGUUUCUCCUCAGCUCAGUGUGCGAGCUCAGGACUCUGAGCAGCUCUGCUCCUCCUUCAAAUAGCUAUUUUCUCUCUGUCUCUCUGCUUGCUGCUGCAGAUCACUUAAGGGUCGCUUGAGGAGCACAAGCGGAGGAGGAUUGCAGCGAUUUUUCUACAAAACAGCAUCUCAAAUCCAGACACAAUGCAGGGGAAUGAGAAGGCAGUGGAUGGCGAUCUGUUACCUGAUGCCAAUGGGAAAGAUCCAAACCCGGGUGGACAGACAGAGGGCUCCAAGUGGCAGAGACCACGGCUCACGCGUAAAUCUCUGAUGAAGUGCUGUCUCGUCAAGUGGAUUAUCGCCAGUACCACGCAACAAGGGCCAGACAGCUGCGACAGUGACCUUGAACUCUCCAUGGUGCGUCACCAACCUGAGGGCCUCGACCAGCUCCAAGCCCAGACACAGUUCACCAGGAAGGAGCUUCAGUCGCUUUACAGAGGCUUCAAAAAUGAAUGUCCCAGUGGGCUAGUGGAUGAAGAAACUUUCAAGACCAUUUACUCACAAUUCUUCCCUCAGGGAGAUGCAACCACGUAUGCACAUUUCUUGUUCAAUGCAUUUGACAUGGACAGAAGUGGCUCCAUCCGGUUUGAGGACUUUGUGAUAGGAUUGUCUGUGUUGCUUAGAGGCUCUGUUACAGAGAAACUUCGAUGGGCGUUUAACCUGUAUGACAUCAACAAAGACGGCUACGUCACUAAAGAGGAAAUGAUGGCAAUAAUGACCUCCAUUUAUGACAUGAUGGGCAGAUAUACCUUACCCAGUGUACGAGACGAUUCCCCCCUUGACCAUGUGGAGAGAUUCUUCCAGAAAAUGGAUCGGAACAGAGAUGGAGUCGUGACGAUUGAUGAAUUCAUAGAAACCUGCCAAAAGGAUGAAAAUAUAAUGGCUUCCAUGCAGCUCUUUGAGAACGUCAUCUAGUUUCUGUGGAGGGACGUGGAUCAGUAACGCUGCAUAGUGCUUCUAGCUGCAAGCCUUUAUAGGCCGGAAAUAACUUCAUUCAUGCUGAAAAGGAAAAACUGGGUCAUGCGACACAUUUAACACAUUUUAAUACAAACUGGCAGACACUGUUAUUUUUCCUGUAAAGCUGUUCUGUGUAGAGAAAUGUGCAAAAUUCACCAAAUCACUUAAAGAAGAGACGUUUAUUUAAAUGACAUUUCAUCGUUGUCAGAUGAGCAUGAGAGCUUGCCCAACACUAAAAAGCAUGUGAUGCAAACUACAUUGAACACAGACAAGAGAUUUUAUUGAUGAACACUUUGAAACUUGGGCAAAUGAGAAUACUUUGCUAUUGUACUGUGUAAUGGGAAUUUCAUGAGACAAACUGUAACUAAUCUCACUAGGGACCUCCGGUCUCUUGGGUAUGGGGUCAAUGGAAGGUAAAUGUGGGUGAUGCUUUAUGAUAUGUCCGGGGGGGUCAUGACUUUAAGUGGUUCACCACAUGUAUCUGAACAUGAUAGUCUUAGGUAGAGUGUCCCCUAGGGAACACUAAAGACAUCAUGUUCCCUUGAUGAGAUAGUGCUCCACCCUGAGAUUAGGUUAACAGCUGCAUGUGCUGAGACACUGCAGCUCACUCGGAUGAUACUCUGAUGCGUGUGUGUCCCAGUGAGUUCCUUCUGCAGAAGACUUGAAUAAAAUUCACAGAAAGACAA